UUUCUAUUGGACGCACGCGCUGUUUAGGUGUUAAGAGGUAGUUGAUUCACGUGUGACAAUAUUUGGUUUAGUUUCAAAAUUUAUGGAAAGUGGUGUUUGUUUGUGCGAAUGAUUAACCUUGUUUUUCGUGAGUGUUAUUGACCGCCGCAAUGGAUUUGGGGUUAUUCCGAGACGGCGAACGGUUUCCCACCUUCGAUUCAUUGGAUUACGAUUAUGCGGGCGAUUCGCACAGCCCUAACGGCAUCGAUAAUGGUUCCAACAACUUUUGGGAACAAGACACGGAACUAGAAAUCAACGGAGAUUUGGCGCUAAUUCCGAUGUCAAGCACAUUGUAUGAGUCUUUGAAUUUAUUAGAUAAUUCGCCAAACGUUAAAGAUGAUAUGAUGAGUAAAAUAAUGAAUGACUGGCAACAGUUAAUACACAAUGAGAACGGGGAGGAGUUCACGCUCGACGACGCCAUGAGCGAAGUCGCCGGCGAACAGGCCGCGAUACUGGCCUACGCCGAGAGCGCCCUGAACAUGCCGGAACCGUCAAAUUUCGAUAUCGCCAAUUACAUCGACGACACGUUGCCGCCGCCACCUUCCCCGGUCGAAACACCGUCCUCGGCCGGUUUUGAAACCAAACAGAAUGUUGCACAGAGAAAACUCGGUAUAGGCGUGAAAAAAAUUGACAUGAAAGCCCAGCGUUACAUUGUCGAGGAGGACAAUGAGGGCGAGGACGACGUUGAUGUUGAGACUGUGUCCGAGUGUGGUGGAAACGUUCCAGUUUUGGAAGCCGGAGAUUUGAACAGCCUCCUGGAACAGUUCGAAGCCACCGAAUUGCCGGACAUGUCCAUCAAUUUGUUGGACACCAGCAUCACGUCGAUCGACGAGAGUCACUUAGAUAAUUUAGAUUUAGAUAGUCUCAGUCUUCUACCAGAGUCACUUGUGACAAAUGAACAAACUCCAGCUAAUGAUGUGUACACUGUUAAGCAGAUUAAUCCGGAAGACUUUCUGCAGAGUGAUCCAAUAGAUUUAAAUAAAGAUGUAAAUAAUGUAGAAACUAAACCCAAAUUGAAUGUAGAAGCGAUUAAAAAGGAAAAAGAAACACCUCAAAAAGCAAUCUCACAAGACAUUAAACCAGAACUGCCUAAACCAGAACUAACACCUACUCCCAUUAAUAAAUCUUCAACUACCUCUUCAUCGGACAACAACAAGAAUACCGCUAUUCUAGAUCAGUUGCCCAAAGAAUUAAUUGAUAGAAUAAAGGAAUCUGGCAAACGGAAACCGAUAUCGGUGAUUCCCCCGAUGCCUAGUAGAAAAAGGGGUGCUAGAUGCCACGAUGCAGGAGCUCCACAAAGAGUACUGAAAGUUCCUGAACAGACGCCGGACACGGUCAAGCUAGAUCACGACUAUUGCACCGUCCAAACCGGAUAUUCCAAGUACCCCAAGAAAGAUUCAGGCUUCGAGAGUUCGGAGGAAGACGACAACAUCAAACGUCAGCCAAUCGUGAAGAACACGGACGGCAAACUGAUGGUGUCGCUGCUGAAAGUAAACACCAUACACGACACGUCCAAAAAGAAAAAGCUGAAUCUGGAAGAGUACAAAAAGCGUAGGAUAGGGGUGUUGCGUGCGAAGGCAUCUUCCACCCAGACCAGUUCGCCGAUGAGCAGCAACUGCGGCUCGCCGACACCCGAAGAUCAAACUCUCAAAGUCAAGAAACACCAAGAGAAAUUGAUGCGCAUGGCCAAGGAGGUACUGACGGCUGCUCCCAAAUCAGAAACUCCUUCCGCCACGCCCGCCAAGAACACAGCAACAGCACCUGAACCAAUACAAAUUGAAAAAGUAAUUGUUCCACCGGACAUGGUCAGAAAAACUGUAGUCAGCAUUGGUGUGAACACAGACUUCGUUACCAUAGAUGAAGACUUCAAAAAGGGCCAGAAGGACCCCCUCGCUCCCGUUCACCAGCUCGAGGAGAUCAAGCCCUUGUUAGAAAAAGUCAGCGGACAAAUCGGCAGAAAUUCGCUCAUAACUUCAGUCAUCGAAAACAUCCCAAAAGUCAUAACUAAAUCUACAACUGAAACAGCUACUUCCGCCAACGAUAGGUUGGCCGAUCACGGAGAAGACAAAACAAUCAUCUACCUCCCCAAAAAUAGGAAUUCAGUAAAGACAGUCUCGACGGAAGUUCAGACUAACAUUUCGUUGUUAACAGAGAACAAACAAAGACGUUACAGAAGGAGGAAUUCGUCCUGCUCAUCGAGCAGUUCAGAGUCAUCCCCGGACCGUAAAAACUCACGUUUCAAUAGGAAAAGAAAAGUGUCCACGUCCUCCAUUUAUUCGGUGUCUUCCGACUCAGGCUCGUCUUCCUAUUCAUAUUCUUCGAGAUCUUCGUCAAGAUCAAGAUCCAGAUCGCGCUCCAACACGCCGCCAAGAACCAAGCGGAAAACGCGUAAAGUCGACGAGGAACAUCUGAAAGAAGUUGAAGAGAGACGUGUCAUAUAUGUGGGUCGCAUUGCCUCCUCCACCACCAAGGAGGAUUUAAGGAAACGUUUCUCAAAAUUCGGUCCCAUAACCAACGUCAGCCUCCAUUUCCGGGAUCAUGGGUACUUGGAUAAUUAUGGAUUUGUCACAUUUAAAAAUAAAUAUGAUGCAUAUGAAGCCCUAGAACAUGGAAACGACGAUCCGUACCUCCCCAAAUAUGAUCUUAGUUUUGGAGGAAGGAGAAUAUUCUGUCAGACUUCAUAUUCUGAUUUAGAUAACAUGAGGGAUGAAAUGACUUAUCCAACAGCAACACGGGUAGCAGAUAACUCAUUUGACAUGCUCUUAAAGCAAGCUCAAGAAAAGAUACGUAAACGUAAAGCUUGACACAUGUUUAAAAUUUUCAGUCACUUGUUUAGACCAAUUUUUUGCAUUUUGUUCAAUUACCACCACAUGUUUCCUAUAAUUAAUUAGAAUUUCAUGUUUCCGUUAUUUAUUAAUUAGGUUUAAAUUCAUAACAUAACGAGAACUACAUGACAAAUAGUAAUUUUAUAUAAUAGUGUUACAAAGUUAUCUGAACAUACUUCAUUGUGUGAUUUAUAUUUUUAUUGUUUUCCCGUUUAAGGGCUGUGUCUUUUGUAUUAUGAGCAAUUUGAUUUUUAUUUUAUAGCCUGACUGAUGCUAACAAGUUAGUUAAUUGUUUUUCGUAUACGUUACGGAUAUUUAUAUUAUUUUUUUUUAAUUAAUCUGUGAACACAACAAUGCUACGAUUGUCGGAAAAACUAUUACUUAAGAUAUAUAUUGGUGGUUGUUUUAAAGUUUGUAUAAAAAUAUUAAUCACUACUGUAUACAACGUACGUAUAUAAUCUAGUGACUGGUGCUUAUGUUGCUGAAAGACAACAACGUCGUUCCUAUGAAGUAUUUUCUAAAGUUAUAGCUUUACUUUAUAGUAAUAACUACCUCUUUUUUUAUUACUUUUUACAGAGAAUUUUUACAAGUAAUAGUUUUUCAAAUAGCAUAUCCUUAUUUAAUUUUUUUUGUUAUGGAUAUUUUGCUAUAUAAAAAUAAAGUGUAAAUUAUA